CGCAUUCUUAACUGAAGACUUCUUCUCUUCUGAUAUUCGCCCUAACCCAUUUCUUCCUUUUCCCCUUUCUUCACGUUCGACAGAGCUCACCGGCGACGUCUUCUUCACGUCCGACAAGAGGCGACAGAAUAGCACAGGUCAGACAUCAUGGUGGGAUUCAAAAAUAGGUACAUGGUGUUGGAAAUUUUUUUAGAUCCAAACAAGGAUCUCGUGGUAGAUGAUCCUAUUAUUGUUACCCAAUUCAAUGUGUCGAAAGCAAUUAAAGACAGCAUUCUUGUCAACUUUGGGGAGUGCGGUUUGGCUUCUUCACUUGGGUCCUUCCAGGUUAAGUAUGUGAAUCCAAUCACAAAGUUGUGUAUUAUCCGGACAUCAAGAGAGGACUACCAGAAAGUCUGGUGUGCAAUUACUAUGGUUUCAAGCAUUGGGAAUUGCCCCGCUUUAUGCAAUUUGCUUGAUUUGAGUGGGAGUAUCAAAGCGUGUAAAAAGGCUGCCCUUAGUUGUGAAGAAGGAAAAUUUGAGCAGUAUAAGCUUGUAAAGGGUGGUCAAGUUGCAGACGAGUUGAAUCAGCAAAUGCAAAAUUGUUUGGAGAAGAUUAAAGUACUGGAGCAUUAGGAGCAUUUCUAUUUGCUGUAUAGCUUAAUCAUGUCAAGAAAGCAAUAUCCUUUGCUUUUAUAGAACACAAGAAAUUGAUGUAUCAGCUAGAGAGGUCUAUUUGAUUUUAAGAGAUCAAAAGAGAUUUGCUUGUGAUGGAUAGUACAGAGGAAUGAAGAUGCAAUUACACCGCUAUUGAAUCACUGCAAAUUCAGAUACUUGAAACUUUUGUGUAUCACUGUGUUUAGUUCUUGUCAGCUGUUUAACUUAUGUUGGUAUCAUUAUAAAUAAUAGGUUGAAAAAAAAUAACUUAUUUUCUCUAUUGCUUUCUUAGGGCAAUGGUUUAUGAAUUAAUAGGAAUUGAAGUUAACAAGGUCGAUUUAAAAAGUAUGGAAAGAUUUUUUAAAGAUCAACACAUGAGUGAUUUAUGGAUGGAACUGUCCUUGGUCAUGUGAUGAGCAGUUGAGCACAAUCAUUUUUUUUUUUUUUUGAGUGGACGAGCCAAGCAUUAUUGUUAACAAACUUGUAAUAUACUUCUAGUUAGAUGCUUGAGCCAUGCAUGAUUUAUUUAUUUGAAUUACAAAUA